AUGCAGAUGUGGUGUGCAGACAGCUGCAGUGUGGACGGCCCUCAAUUUCAGCUGUGUGAAGAGGGUGAAUGUGGACACCAGGAGGACGUAGAGUCGUGUGCUCAGUGGAACAUCAGUAACGCUCAGGUGGUGUGCAGACAGCUGGGCUGUGGGUCGGCGCUGAGUGCUGAUAGGUUUGGUCCUGAUUCACCUGUGGGACUGUCAUCAUUCCUGAAGAAACACACUGACUGCUCUCAUGCUGGAGUCACCUGUGCAGACGUAUCUGCAUCCACCACUUCUACAACCAAAUCAACAACAAUCUCCACCACAACAGCCAGAAGAACCAGUCCAAGAACAUCACCUGUAGCUCCAUCCACCCCUCCACUGGUUCUCUUUGUGUUGGGGACGCUGCUCUUCCUGGCCUUAGUGCUUCUGGUGGUACUGUUUUACCAGAACAGAGUGCUCAGGAGAGUUUUGUCAGAAACUCAGCCCGAGUCAGUCUAUGAAGAAAUCAAUCAUAUUCAACACACUACUUAUGAAAUGAUCAACCGCAACUACUUCACUAGACAAACCAUGAGCUCUACUCAAAGAGGUGAGUGAUCUCUGCUCUUAAUC